GUUGACUGCAAAGUUGCUUUGUCAACAUGGCGGAAAACUCAGCAAAAGCAGCUAAAAUGGCGCGGUUUUUGGCCAUUACUCAAAUCCUUACUGGAUUUUUACUGCUAUGUUUUGGCAUUGCCGAUCGACUUGUCCCCGAAGUGAUAACUGGCUACGGGUAUUUCGGAGUUUGGAUUGGAAUAUGGGUAAGCAAUUAAGUCGUUUUUAAAGAGAAUUGGUUGUCUCCAUCUUGAUACCUCUUACUGAGAAAAAAAGCAAAAACAAAAUUAAACACCACACCAAAACAAAAAUUUUCCCGAAUUCGUUCGCUCCUAUUCCACAUAUGUGGCAUCACUCUGCUUUGGGACCGACAUUCAAAAAACUCAGUCAGUUUGCAGAAGCCGAAGACGCGUUUCAGGGAUUUGAUUUUAAUUAGCUUUGCUCAAAGUGUGGCAAAUUGCUUUUAAAGUAGACUUAAUAAUGCAUAAACCAUUCAUUGUUAUCUCUUCUGUCACAGAUGUGUAUCACAGGGGCUGUAGGAAUCCCCGGAAGUAGCAGAGAAAUAACAAAUGCCCGCAAUGCUUUUGUAAGUAAGACGUUACUUGGCUUUAUUGUUGCCCAACGGCCUUAAUGUGACGUUGACCAUUCCCUUUAACUUACAGCUUCUUCGUGGAAUUUUGAUUAUUUUUUUUAUUUACAAAUAUAUUUUUUCAGGCUGGCGUUUUCAUGGGUUUCUCCAUUACAUCCGCCGUGUUUGGUGGGAUAAUCAUUGUAUUUUACAGCGUUACCUUAUCUCUGAUUACCUCGAGUGACGCAGAUUCGUAUUAUGACGACUACGAGUCCUACAAGAGGUACCAUCAAGGAAAGGUGGUUAUUCUCGCCUUCAUGCUCUUUCUGGGUAUGACUACGUUUGGAAUUGGAAUCUGGGCAGCGAUAUGCAUUUGUUUGCUGAAACCCUGUUGCCAGCAACCGCAGGUAAAGUAGCCAUAACUCGUCCCAAGUGAGAGGCGAAUCUUUAAGGCAGUCUUGGAUUCUGGAUUCAUUGUAUAAGGAACUUGUAUUACGGACUCCAAUCGUUAUCGGGAUUCCAGAAUCCUACAGUUGAAUUCCAAGGAUUCCAUAUUUCACAAGCAGAAAUUUUCCGGAUUCCGAAAUCCAGUCGACAAACUUUUCAAGCUCAUACAUCUCGCCUUUCUACAUGUUCUAAAGCUGUACCACUUCGUGCUGGCCUGUAAAGCAAAUCAAAAUGAAGUAUCACUCGAGCCGAUGGGAGUCAGCGUUGUCAAAACCUUGAAAUGUUGUUGUGAGUAACAGUCGAACCUCUAUGUGCAACCACCUCCCAUAAGCGACCACCUAUCCAAAACACCAAAAUUUUCCUAGUCAAACCCUUACAGUUGGAACCAAUAGUAAACGACCACCUCCUCCAACCGACCGCGACCAGUUUUCGGGGCUAAUGGUUUAAUAAUUUUCGAUUCUUUUUAACCUUUUGCAAGCGACCACCUCACGCACAAUGUAGAUGUUGAGAACUGAGUCUAAUUAGGAUCCUCGCCACGAAAUGUUGAGUCAUUUUGGAGCUUAAUCAUAACUAUAACACAAUGUUCAAAUCUGAUUGGCUAUCAACUGCCCUGAUUUCAGCCUAAAUAGGACAGUUUAAUUGGACAGUACACGCCAUGCCUAAGUAAUUGGAUAGUACGCCAAAAUAUAAGUAUAGGUAUGUUAAGAGAAAGAGAGAGUAACGAUAAAAUAAUAUAAAGGAGAAGCCAUUCACAUGAUUUUGAUACCAAAGACCCGGCCGGGACCAAAGGACGUAUUUGAAAUACCUAAGUUCCGAAACCUAAAGCCGGCAAUGGAAUUUAUAGUACUGCUCAUCUCCUUUCUGGAGGUCCAUUUAUUUCUUUUUGUAGUCCACUCUUGAUCUCUAAAGAAAAUGAGUGAAUCAUCUACCUCUGUAAAGUUUCCGGUAAACUUACAGGGAUUUGCAUAUUUUAAUCGCUAACAGGGAAAGCAGUGCAUGUGCAGUAACAACCCAUCGGAGGGAUACCUCACACCCCAGCUUAAUGGAGGUGUUCCUGUGGCUGCUCUGAUGCAACCAGGUAGCGAUGGAACUGCACCACGGGGUUACCAGCAACCGGUGGUCAUAGUGCCUGUUUCUGGUGCAUCACCAGGUCAGCAUGUGAUUGUCCAAGCUGCCUCGUCUGAAGGGAUGGCAACGAGCACCCCACAAGAGCAGUUUCAAUCUCAUCUCGUGCGCAUUAGUCCAUCUAACGUAAUGUCAAGUACAGAUUCCUCCCCUCAGGAGAGUGAAAUUCCCCGUUCGUUCAGGCAUGGUGGUUACGCACUACUGAAAAACGAGGAGGUAGGUGUGGCUUUCUUUGUAGAAGGGAGAGGAAUUCCAAUCGAAAGGUUUCCGAUCAUGUUUAGUUUUGGGAACAAGGACCAACGUUACAAAACAGAAGGACCUAAUCCCAGUAGAGGAUCUAAUCAGCCAUAAAUUCUACAUCAACGGAAAGAAGCAAGGCUGAUUUUACAUUUCAGAUUUCUUUUAUGAAACGACUUCAACGGUUUUUGUUUUCAUAUACUUUCAUUGUUCACUUUCUCCUUUUUAUUUUGACACUCAUAGUAUCAUAUUACAGGCUAUCUUUUAUUGUGUGACCAUGUCAUUUGUAUGUAAGACCCUGAAGAAGAAAGGCCGUGCCUUUCGAAAUAUUGGUAAUACAAAGUAGCGUAAUUGGUUUGUUUACAAGCGACGCGAGCCACCUUGUAAACGAUAAAAGCUGCUUGCAGGGUAAAUCAGUGUUGGGUAACAUUUCUUGGCAGUCUCGGCUGUUUUGUACGGCCACGUUUCGUGUAAAUGCUUUUGAGAGAGAACUAUCCGUUAGCCCUUUAAAAGCAGUGAUUGACUGUUUUAUAAAGUCGAACCCACAUAUAAAUUUACUAAGUAAAGUACGAUCACCAGUUAUGUGCCACCCAAGCAACUGUUUGUGACAACAAGCACAACUCGUCACAAACGGACGGAAAGUUUAAGCAAAACAAAAUGUAUGUUAUCCGCCCAUCAUUAUUAUGUGCAUCUAAUGCUUGUUCUCUCCUUUUCUCUAUAGAACCAAGUGGAUGUGUAGACUUGACAGACGUAUUUUCAAUUAACAGUAGCAAACGUGUGUUAGUGUCACUUCAAACGGAAAACCAGCACAACGGAAUAUCAUUCAUGAAAUUGAAAGGUCAAAAACUCAGUGCGUUUGUGAAAAUAUGAAGCUUAAUAUCUAGAUUUAGCCAGGGCUAAAAGCGAAGCUCUCGAUAAUAUUCAUAGUUUGCUCAAACAAAAUAUAAAAUCGUGUAAUGCUAAGCGGCGAAGGAAAAGAGAACGGUGAAAAAACAACAAUAGGUCUAAUUAGUUAAAAAGCAAUUUUGCACAUACAGCACACUUUUUUUUUUUUGUACAUUUUUUUGCUGUUGUUUUGCACGACUACAACGUGAAACUUCCAGAAACUUCCUGGUUACUCGUUUUAUAUAUGGAAGAAAUGUCGUACGUGUUCUUGUUCAUUUUUUUUACACUGCCGCUCAUUUUCAUCUUGGUGGCCGCUAGCAUUCUUAUUCUCCCACCGCCGUUACAAAAUUUCAAUGUUGUUCUUCCAACAAAAAAAAUGUUUCCUUUGUCUUUUAUCGCCCGCUCUAUAUCUAGCUGCAUGUCGCUAAUUCUCAUUUAGCUUCGCUGGCCAGUCGUUUCUCGGACUCUCUCUUUCUCUAUAUUCCAAAUUUGUGGACAUGACAAUUAAUCUAAGCUUUAAUACUUUAGACAAAUCGGAUACAGAAACAAUUUCCGCUUUCCUUUUUCGUUUUUAUUGACUCUCUAGUUAUCUCUACUUCGCAAUUGCAUGCGAUUUCCCGCCAAAGUAACCUCCAGUUGCCAUACCUGUAUGAUGACUGAGUUAUUUUACAUUGGUAUGCCUGUGGUGCGGACGGACGAUCGGUCGGACGGACGACGGUCGGGCGGGCGGGCGGGCGUACGGUCACGUGACUACCAAAAUUUAUCGGAUGCAUAGGUUACCAAAUUUUCUUACUCAUGGUGCUCGGCUUCGCGCGCGCGCGAGCUCCACCAUUAAAAAUUUGCAUAUUUUUGGGUGUGUUAUAAGGUUCAACAAAAUGAAAAUAGUUAGAAACUCUUUGAAAAAAGAAAAACACUCAUAAUUCAUCAUCAUUUGUAGUUUUUGAUUUAGAAAAAGAUGAUAAAGUCUACAAAUCUUUUAUGACUGGCCCUUGCCUUAAAUGAACACUUUCUGGCCAGGUUAUCUUUGUUAAAAUCAUGAGUGAGUUGUUUUUCUUAUCUUUCACGAGUGAGGGGCAGCUAAUCAGUAUGAAAUGAUCAUGGGUAAAAUCGUCAAUAAACCUUUUUACCGAUACAGCGGCCAUAUUGAAUUUAUUCGAUUUAAGGAGUAUUAUGGGAUGCCCAGGGGGCAUGAGCACGAUCCGAUACACUCGCAUCAGUAUUUACGCGCGCUUCUCGGGCCAAUUUUUCUUUACGUUUUCCUAGAAAAAGAUUAUAAUGGGAAAAAAAAGAUAGUUGUGCCGUGUUUGGGCGUAAUAAUGAUCGCCUUUUUCUCGAGAAAUAUACAGUGGAGUUCGCUUUUUUCCCCAAAAGGGCGCGUAAAUAAUCAGCGAGUGCCCCCAGAGCAUCCCAUAAUACUCCUUAAAUCUAAUAAAUUCAAUAUGGCCGCCGUAUCGGUUAAAAGGUUUACUCGCCACUUUAGAAAAGAGAAGGAAACUGGACCGAGUUAACUUUCUCAAAGACUUCUGGGAGUGUUCUAGGGACACGCCGGUCAGCUAUUGGUCAAUUUGUUUACUCUGUCCCCAGUAACAGUCCCUGAAGUCUUUGCGUAAGUUAACAAGUCCCAGUUUCCUUCUCGUUUCUAAAGUGGCGGAUUGCUGAGACAUGAUGCAAAACGAACAAUGAGAGCCCAAGUGUACAAUGCAAGUGUCCCUUGGCCUUCGCUCAAGCCGCGUUGCCUACGCGUCUGGGAAAGGCUGGGCGACUCUCUCUCGGUGACCUCACAGCUCACGGUAGAUUCCAGGUUUCACUUAGUCGAACGCAUAUUGUACCCUGGGUACCCGGGGGGGGAUGUUAUCCACGGGGAGGCUCCGCACCAGGGUCAAGCCACUUACCCUUUUAGUAUCCAAUUGACAGAAAAUGUACCCCUUUCGUAUAUACCCCUUUCACAUACCUAGUUUAGAACGUGCAUCCCUUUUAACUGUAAAUGCACUGUCUUAAAAUAUGAAUCGCUAGACUUUUCACAGCCAUAAUAUUAAUCUGCCAGCCCUUUUGGGCCACUUAUUCUGUCGUUUCUUUAAAUUCAAGAAUCCACUUUUUUGAUUUACGCAAAAGACACCCAAAAUCCUUAACUUCUAAUUCACGAUCCCAAUGGAAUCUUUUUAAAAUUCUCAGACACGAACCAUUAGCUGGGUUCGAAACGUCGUGGAAUCGAGUGAAAUGAAGAAUCCCAAAACGAAAUUUUAGCUUGACAUUGCCGGUUUCCCAUUGGCAAGUACAGUACGUGAUGUGGUUCAUGAUUUCAAGUCUUUGAAAGAAGUUCCACUUUUCUUGUGGAUGUUAUGACGUACACUAACAAUUUCUGUGUCUUACCGCAAAGACCCAAGUCAACAUGGAGGAAAACUCGGCAAACUUCGCUAAAAUGGCGAGGCUUCUUGCAUUUAUUCAUAUCAUAACUGGGGUGUUAUUGCUCGUUUUUGGCAUCGCCGACAAACUUGUACAGUACAAACGACAGCAAGAGUCUGGGGUGGAUUGUCACGGAAUUUGGACCGGGAUAUGGGUGAGCAAUAUAUUUCCCUAGUUAUGAACUCCUGACGAAACUACGUAUUCGAGAAGCAUCAAAGAAGAACAAUAUUUCGUACCGUAAAACACGCAAAUGUGUCGCGUGUUGGUUUAGAUUGGCCGUUUUCACGCUAGAGAUGGAUUGUUCGUCUGAGACGGGUUACCCGUUGGAUAAUUCGCAAGAGACAGAUAAUACGUCUUAUUUUGAAAAUGGAACAGUUUUAAUUUUGUAUGAACAAUGUUAAACGGUCUGAAUUAAUACAUCUGUUUAUCUGUCAAAUUCGACGGAUUUUGAAGAGGAUUAUCCGUCUCAGACGGAUAAUCCGUCCCUAGCGAUUGAUUUUGGCUGAUUUAUAGACUAAUCUGUGCUGGCGUAAUUGUAUACAUUUUUUUUUUCAAUAGAGGACCUUUCAAAAAUUUCAUAGAAAAGGUAUCACAAAAGGAAUUCUAAUACCAAUCCAAUAACUUACUGAAACUCGUUAAAAAGCAUCAAGUGAAAAGUCUCUUGAUUAUUUAACUGUUUACAUACAAUAAGCAAGGAAAUACCAGGUAUCCGAAAAUGCAAAAUUAUGGGUUUGCAAGGUGUGUAGAGUCCCUACAUAAGUUUGUAGAUAUAUGUUUGUUAGAGUUCGAAGAAUAAUUUGAUAUAUCAGACUGUUUUUGUUUUUUUUUGGAGAAGAGAUCAUUGUGCUGUCCAUUCAGAAGCUAAUAAAUAAAUGACAAGGACAAGACCCGUUAUUUUUUCUUUAUUUUGUAGUCACUAUUUUUUCAAGGCUUGAAUCCUCACUAGCGUUUGUGAGUUUGUGAUAUUUAAACUGAUUGCUUUGUUGUGCAAAAGCGACAAUUUUAUUUUACAGCUCUGCAUCACAGGAUGUCUGGGAGUACCGGCAAGUGGCAGGAAAAGGAAUACCUUCCGCAAUGCUUUCGUAAGUAUUAUAUCUAGUGUCAGGAAUCGUCCCAUCUAACGUUAUCCAAGGCAAUAUUCAGAAUAUUGGGAUUUUGGAUUUCUCAAUGUGGAUUAUGGAUUCCUUGUCAUUCGGGAACUUGGAUUCCGGAUUCCAAUCGUUACCGGGUUUGCGUAUUCCUUGAGCUGUAUCCCAUAUUCUGGAUUCCACAAGCAAAAAUUUCCCGGGUUCCGGAAUCCUGAUUUUCUUACUUGGAGCGAAAGGAAUCAGGUCUGAUUCUUGGUUUUGGUUUUGAUAAGAACACCUCAGUCGAGGUUUGUUGCGAUGAGGUGAUAGUUUAGUCAUUAGGACAGCUUUGUCACAACAACGUAAAAAGAGAAAAUAUUUGAAAGAAAAUGUGUCAAGUGAGAAAAAAAAGUUUAGGUUAUGUAUUGUUAUUGUCAAGAGCCAUAAUAGGACCAUUAUGGCCCUUGUAUUGUACGUGAUUUUCGUGGUUGCUAUAAAGCUCUAACAGGGGACGUUAUUGUUAUGGUUGCCUUUUUCCGUAUUAAAACUCGUGUAUAAUCUGCAUUUUCCAACUUGGCUAGUAUCUGCCAUAUUAUGGUGUCCACUGUGAAUGUCUAGGCUAUACAUUAGACAAAUGAAGCCCUCCAAGGGUUAGAGGAUAAGAGCAUAUCCCCCUCCGUUAACCCCAACCCCCCUCCCCCCCCUUAGAAGGCCUGAAAUCUGGGCCCCUUUAUCCUGUUUCCUAAAUGGUAAAGAAAGGUAUGAGUUUGCUUGUCUAAUCAGGGUUGUAAGAGUUAACCAAGAGUUGAAUGAUGUGUUAACGAGUUUCUUUUUGUUUCUCUUUUUUUUCAGUUUCUUUCGGGUACAAACAAUCGACCAACCACCGCAAUCGUUACUCCUUGUUUGCAUAUCCCCUUAUAUUUUUCAGGCUUGUGUUUACAUGCUAUUUUCCAUCAUAGCCGCUGCGCUUGGUGGAAUAAUCGCCAUAAUUUACUGCGUGGAAAUCUAUUUCAUUACCAGUUACGGAUUGCCAAAUAGUCACAACUAUCAUGCAAAGCUGGCAAUUAUCGUAAUCAUGCUUAUCUUGGGCAUUGUUACGUUUUGGUUGGGCAUCUGGGCUGCAGUUUGCACAUGUUUGUUGAAGCCUUGCAGCAGACAUCUGUGGGUAAGUUAAGCCCCUAACUUAUAAAUCUCCCUCCCCUCCCUCCUCCUAAGUUAUACACCCUUUUUCUUAUAUAAGAAUGCUGUUUUUUCGGCCCAGGCUGAAUAUUCUUAUUUUCCUGCCGAUUUUAGGCUGAAAAUAUUCUUGUAUUAUUCUUAAAUUAAAGCUUAAAACAUUAGUAAGCUUAAGUGUCAGAUGUACCGUUCAUCGAACUGUUAUUAGCAUUGAACACCUGGGUUUACCUUACUGCACUUUUUUUGCUCUUGUUGGCUAGUUUUGCCGUUUAGAGAAAGGAAAUCAGUAAUUAUCAGUUUAGUUUAAAACACAUAAUUGCAUUUUAUUAACAGAUGUCAAUAGACAAAAUUAUACCCUUUUCAAAAUCUCAGCCUUGUGUUUAUUCUUAAAAUUUCGCAAAUUUGGUUUCAAUAUCCUUAUAAAAUAUAUUCUUAUACAAAAAAAAAAGAAAGAGAGAGUGUGGGCCCUCUAAAGUAACUGUAAGCGCAAAAAUCGAUCCGAUUGUACCCUCCCCCCUUCCCCGAUAUACGGUUCCCCCUAGCUUGUAUUGAAAUUAAACCUAUUUAUUAGGACACUUUGAUGCCAUUACACGAAGUGGUUUGAUCAGCACUGCUUUGGCUUGUUCUACAGGGACGGCAGCGACCAGAUAAUGGACAUGUUAUAAUGCAACUACCUGGAGGUGUUCCUGUGGCAAUUCCAAUGCAAGCAAUUGGCGGUGGGGAUGCAGCACAGGCUUCCCACCAAUCGAUGGUGCUACUGCUUCCUUCUGAUGCCUUAUGGGGUUAG